UUUGGGGGCCCAGGCUGUAUAGUGGAGGUGGAGAUUCACACUCCCACCCAGUCAAACUGCUCCACUCCAACUCAGAGACAGACUCCGAGGAGAGAAAAAAAAAACUCUCCACAGGAAAACCAUGAGACACAAUGCUCAGCACCUCACAGCAGACUGACAAACCAAUUGGGAUACUCAUAUACUUUGAUAGUCUGGUAAUUACGCAUGUGAUGUGAUACGGAUGUCUGGAGGGACUUCCAUAUUUUUUUCCCCAGAAGAGAAGAACAUUGUAUUAAAGGCAAAAAACUGAGAGGAUCUGGGAUUUUUUGUCAUUGUGCAUUUUAUUAAUUUCAACAUGGUAUCUAUUGGCUUAAGCAUGCUGUUGGUGCUGUGCCUUUCUACAAGCAGUGUAUUGUGCCAGAGCACCAGUGUGUCUUUGAGAGACUUCAAUGGGACCGAGGGGGUCCCCUACACUGCUGAGCAGCUGAGCAUCUACAGCACGCAUUUUACACCUUUGAGCACCUUUUCGACAAUUUCCCCAAGUCUGCAAAUCCCAAAUAACACAAUAAGGAUGACACCAAUGUGCCAUCAAAAAACUAAGAUCCAAGACAUUUUUCGGUAUGUUAACACAGGGUUUUCCUGCCUGUUUUUCAUCAUUGGAAUGGUUGGGAAUGCCACCCUGUUAAGGAUUAUCUACCAGAAUAAAGGUAUGAGGAAUGGACCCAAUGCACUGAUCGCCAGUCUAGCUCUUGGAGAUCUGAUCUACAUUUCUGUCGCUAUCCCUUUCACAGUCUAUAAGCUAAUGGCUCAGCAGUGGCCCUUUGAAAACUCCAAUCUUGGACUCUUCCUUUGUAAACUGGUGCCAUUUCUCCAGAAAGCAUCAGUGGGAAUCACUGUUCUCAACCUCUGUGCUCUCAGUGUGGACAGGUACAGAGCUGUGGCUUCCUGGAGUCGUGUCCAGGGGGUUGGGGUUCCAAUGCGGACGGCUAUUGAGAUUAUCUCCAUCUGGGUUUUGUCCAUCAUCCUUGCUGUGCCCGAGGCUAUCGGCUUUGACAUGAUCACCUUUGAGUACCAUAAUGUGACGCGCAGGACCUGCAUGCUCAACCCUAAAACACCAUUUAUAAUGUUUUAUAAAAAUGUGAAGGACUGGUGGCUUUUUGGAUUUUAUUUCUGCAUGCCUCUGGCUUGCACAGCAGUCUUCUACACAUUAAUGACGUGUGAAAUGUUACACAACAGGAAAGGAAGUCUGAGAAUAGCCCUAACUGAGCAUCUGAAACAGAGACGGGAAGUAGCAAAGACUGUGUUCUGCUUAGUUCUUAUAUUUGCACUGUGCUGGUUCCCACUGCAUCUAAGCAGAAUAUUGAAGAAAAUGGUGUACAGAGAUGGUGACACGGGGAGAUGCGAGCUCCUCAACUUCCUGUUGGUACUGGACUAUGUUAGCAUAAAUUUGGCAUCAGUAAACUCCUUUAUAAACCCAAUAGCUCUGUAUUUUGUGAGCAAGAAAUUUAAAAAUUGCUUCAAGUCAUGUCUGUGCUGUUGGUGUCAGAGCACGAACAGCAUGGUGCCAAUGAACGGGACAAGCCUACAAUAUAAAAUCCAGGAGCCUAACAACCACAACACAGACCGCAGCACACGCAAGGACAGUGAAAACUGAAAGGAACUGGUCGCACUACACAUCAGUGCGGCAAACAAAGAUAUAAUUUAACCAGUUGUUAUGAAGUCAACUUUAAUGAAACGCUUCCAUUGACCGGAAAUAUGCACUGCAUAAUAAAGCCAGGGACCAUAUAAUCAGCUGCAACUGGGUUUGUUAAAAGUCCAAAACACCCUAAGCUCCACGUGUUUGUUUUCCCUUGAUGUGAAUGGGAUUCAUAGAUUUUAAAGAAGAAAAGGCAACAUGCUGGUGUUUUAGCAUAAGCUCUUGAAUUCCUGUCAGCGCUUCAUGUAGAGUUUAUAGAAAUAUAUGCAUUUUAUAUAAAUUAUGUUAAUCAGUAAUUAGACUCCGGACAGAAGGUGGUUUGAGUUUUUGGAGGUUACAAGAGAUUUAUGGUUCAGUAUGAGUCAUAUCUGAUGUCACCAGCUUUAUUUUCAUUUCAGCAGAAAGGGUGUAGGAAGUGGGCAGGUCUGGAUUAAACAAAAGGCUUUGUGGGCAAUUGUGUAUGACCCGUUGCUUCUAUUUACUGCAACAAAGGGGAACCUCAGCAAUACAUAAUAACUAGCCCCCUAAGUGCAUUGCUUGACUUUUUCUAAUUCUUGUACAGUAAUUGGAAUCAGGACAUUUAUUAAACAUAGCAUUUGCAUUGGGGAGAGAGAGGGGACGAUAUAGCGUGCGUGUGCAUGUAUUAGAAAGAGAUUAAUAUGUAUGUUGCAGACUCUCCACAGCUUUAAACUGUAUUAUACCAGAAAUGUAUUAUUAUUUUAAUAUUAUACACUGUUUUUUAAAGAUAGUUUGGGUGUUAGUUAUGUCAGUCUCAGGCUGGGAUGCUGACCAUUGAGAGCAGUGUUAUAUUAAUGACAAAGACCCGUCUGUGUUAAACCCUUAUUUAACGAGAAGGUGCCAAUUAUUCACCUUUACACUCCUAUGUGAGGACUGUCAGAACUCCUCAGUUAUAAAUCUGUAUCAUCAACAUGUUACACUGUGUUAAUCUAUUUAGCGUGUUAUACACCACAUUGCAAGUAUCACACACACACAAGGGCUCAAAGAGGUGAAUUCCAUUCACGCAGUAACAUUUCGCCUUUGAAGGACUUUGUUUGAAUCUGUCACUGUCUAAGUCACUGUCAAACUUCUUUAGAGGACAGUAGUCCGUCUAUAAAAGACAGCACCCUUUAAUUUGGCACUGUUGGCAUUAGGCAGCUGAAGGCAAAAAAGGUGGUUUUAAAGCUGGCCCCUUCAAAUAGGGUGGUGCCUUCAUUAACCUUUUUUGCCUUGUGCUCCUUCAUUAAUAAAUUCAUCUUUCAUAGUCCCUUUCCCAUGGUAAAAGCAUAGCAAAGUGUAAUAAAAUAUAGUGAAAGCUUCGUAAAGUUAUGGUAAAGUAUAUUAAAAUAAUAGGAAACCAUUUUAAACUAGUAACCAUGGGACAAUCAUGGGAAAAUGGCAAAAUUACAGUGAUAAACUUUUAUAAGGGGUAGGCUGCUGAAAGAGGAUUUUUUGAAGGCAGAAUACCCCAUUCCAUGACCAUUACAAACCUAUGUGAUGUGGAUAACUAGAAAGACUUCAGUCUUCAGUGCUGCAAAUACAACCUGUUAUCCAGCCCCAGAAUAAAAAAUAUU